AGUCUAGAAUGCAAAUCCUUGUUGGAUUCAUUUAAAACAAAAUCCCCCAGACCUGUGAAUUUCUUUACUUUUUCCAAUUCACUUGAGGUGACUCAUUAGUGUCAGUCAAUUCAAUGUGUCCCUUUCUUGAGAAGUUGUCUCUCACUCCAAUUUACUGCCAUUUGGAGUAUUUGGUCCAAUGCACAAGGGUUUAGUUUUCUAUCAGUAUGGCUGUCAUGUUCCUCAAUAACCAAAGAUUCUCAUUUUCUUGAUUUUCUCCCCAUUUCCAUUCCAAUGGGUUUUCCCCUUGGUUUCUUGCUAUGAGCCCUUCUCUCUUGGUUGUUGCAGUCUCCUUUCAAAAAGUGGCUUUCUUUAUUACCAUCAUUUGGUUUUGGAAAACUGUUUGAUUUUUUCCUAAGCAACUUUGAUUGGGUUAUUAGUGGUUUCUGAAAAUGGAAAGGAAAUCGCAUGGGAGGAGAUUUUCUACCAAAGCUAGAAAGUACUAAUAUUCUUGCAAAAGAGGGGGAAUACCGAAGGCAGCACUUUUCAACUUUUCAUUAAGGGAAAAAAAAGAAGGAAAAUGGCAACAGAUUUGUAAUGCUGUUGAAGAAAGUUGUGAGCAAUAAAAAGGCUGGAGGUUUCUUUGAAGGGGGGCAUGGAGAUUUGAAGUGGUGAGAGAGAGAGAGAGAGAGAGAGAGAGAGAGAGAGAGAGAGAGAGAGAGAGAGAGAGAAUCAUGCCAACAGUUUGGUUGAAUUUGAAGAGAUCAUUGCACUGCAAAUCGGAGCCGUCAGAUGUCCAUGAUCCUAAGGCCAAGAAACACUUGAGCACAAUCUUGACUAGAAAAGUAGCUAGGUCUGGCUGUUCAAGGUCCAUAGCAAACCUCAAGGACGUGAUUCAUGGGAGCAAAAGGCACUUGGAGAAGCCCCCAAGUUGUAGUCCAAGAUCCAUAGGGAGCAAUGAGUUCCUCAACCCAAUAACCCAUGAAGUGAUUUUGAGUAAUUCAAGGUGUGAGCUCAAAAUCACUGGCUUUGGGAGUUUCCAAGAAGGGUUAAGCGGCGGCGGCGGAGAGAGUGGUGGAGGUGGAUCAACAUUUGUAGGUACUUUAAGGCCUGGCACACCUGGCCCUGGAGGGCACCCUACAAUGCACUACUUCAAUCCUUCACUUAGGGCUUCCAAUACUCAAAGAAAGAGUACUAAUGCUUCUCCUUGGUCAGAGAGGGCAGGGUCUGGAUUUGGGGGUUCUGGUAUUUCUGGUGGGAAUUUCUCAAACCCUAAGGGUACAUUGGGAGUAGAUGCAAAUGGGCCAUCAGCUGUGACAUGCCACAAGUGUGGAGAACAGUUUGGGAAGUGGCAAGCUCUUGAGGCCCAUCAUCUGUCUAAGCAUGCUGUUACUGAACUAGUGGAGGGCGAUUCGUCAAGGAAAAUCGUCGAAAUAAUCUGCCGGACAAGCUGGCAGAAAUCGGAGAAUCAAUGGGGUCGAAUCGAGAGGGUUUUGAAAGUUCACAACAUGCAGAAGACUCUGGCCCGGUUUGAAGAGUAUCGAGAAACGGUUAAAACCAAAGCUAGCAAACUCCCCAAGAAACACCCGCGGUGCUUAGCCGAUGGGAAUGAGCUCUUGAGGUUCUAUGGGACAACCGUGGCUUGCUCUCUCGGCAUCCAUGGCUCCUCCAGCCUCUGUGUGUCUGAAAAAUGCUGUGUUUGUCAAAUAAUAAGGAAUGGGUUUUCCACCAAAAAGGAAAGCAAAGGUGGAAUAGGUGUUUUCACCACUUCUACAAGUGCGAGAGCUUUUGAAGCUAUUGAAAUGUACGGUGAUGAUCCAUCUGUGAAGAAAGCUUUGAUAGUAUGCAGAGUCAUUGCAGGAAGGGUUCAUAGGCCGCUGGAGAACAUACAAGAAAUGGCCGGCCAAUCGGGGUUCGAUUCGUUGGCUGGGAAAGUGGGUCUUUAUUCAAAUAUUGAGGAGCUUUAUUUGCUCAAUCCUAAAGCUCUCCUCCCUUGCUUUGUGGUUAUCUGCAAACCCUAAAAUCAAAAGAAAUGCUUGAGUUACUCUUAUGAAGUAGGUGUGAGUCAUUUUUUGGGGGUUUCCUAUGCUAGAAAUCUCUUUUCUUGCUCAUAGAUCAAUAUCUGUGCUACAGUGCUACUCCAUGCUUAUGGUAUCUGUGUUUUACAUGAUUAGUAAUUUGUAUUGGUAAAUCAGAUACUCAGAAAAAUCUGUACAUUCCUUUUGUUCUGCGUGGAGGAUCUGUAUAUUCUCUUGACCA